AUGUCAUCGAAAAGUUUUGAAAAGCCAUUAUCAGAAAUUGAACAUUAUCAAACAUACAAAUACAUCGUAAAAUAUCAAAUUAAUACCUCUAAAAUGUUUGAUUCACCUUUGGCACAAACUCAAAAUGCACAGAACUAUGUAGACAUAAUGGUGCAGAUCCGCAAGUACACCAGUGAGCUUGAGAAUGAUACACCUACUAUUGUAGCAUUUGGUGAUCAAAGCGCUGGUAAAAGUUCUUUGAUGCAAAGAUUAACUGGUGGCAUUCCUGUACCGAAAGGUGUUGGUAGGUGCACUGCAACUCCAUUUGAAAUUAGAAUGAUGCAGACACAAGAGCCAAUUCGUAGGAUAUCUUUACGAUAUGUGGAAAAUAGCAAACGUAUAGCAACGUCUCCAAGCGAAAUCGAUUUUUGUGAUAUUCUAGAUAUGGAACAUGAAAAGAUUGAAGACAAAUUACGAGAGGCUCAGCGUUAUGUUCUAAAUCCAUCAAUAAAAGUACAAGAUAGCCCGAUAUCUGAUACAUUGGGUAAUAAAGACGAGUUGAUGUUCACGCGUAACGCUAUUUGCGUUACAAUCGGUGAUCCUAACCAAAAAUUUUCAUUGGCCAUGGUCGACCUUCCUGGAAUUAUCAGAGACAACCAGGAGAAUGAGGACUUUGUCAUUUCUCUUGUUAAAGAAUAUAUCAAUAAAGAUACGACGAUCCUUUUACCAAUAUUUCAAGCAACUGCGGAUAUAGCGACACAAAGUGCUUGGAAAUUAGCAAAAGAAGCUGAUCCUAGCGGUAAACGCACGGUUGGUGUCCUAACAAAAAUCGAUCAAAUCUCUGACGAUGAAAUUAAACAUAAAGCGUUGGCUAAUUUUGUCGAGGGUAAAGGUGAACAUCAAGUUGAGACUUUUAAUCAAGAUACCACUUUUCAUGGACAGGUCAGAACACUAAAGCCAAUUGAAUCAAAUAAUGAUGCAUCUAGUUGGAUGCAGUUGCCUCCUUCGCCUAUUACACAUGGUAAUAACCCAGAACCUUAUAAUCUAUUUGUUUUUAAUAAUGGUGGCGAGGUUGUUAUCAAAUUUUUUCUCUUAACCUGA